AUGAAUCACAUCUUACGACCCCUGCUGGACGAAUGCGUGGUGGUUUACCUGGACGACAUUCUCAUCUACUCCAAAAACAUGAAGGAGCACGUGGAGCAUCUGCGGAAGGUGUUCGAGAUCCUGCGGAAAAACAAGUUCUACGUGAAGCUGUCAAAGAGCGACUUCGCCCUGAAGAAGGUGCAGUUUCUUGGGCACAUGGUGAGUGCCGAGGGCGUACACGUGGACCCACAGAAGAUCAAAGCCGUCAAGAAGUGGAAAGUGCGGUGGGUGGACUUCCUGGAAACUCACUUCCACUACGACAUCGUCUACAAGCCCGGGCUACACAACAAGGCAGACGCGUUGAGCCGCCCCGGACAUGUAGCAGGCAUCCAGCUCGACGGGAUGAACCCUCUGCUCAAGGGUCUAUUCCAACAUGGGUACUCCGUGGACGCAGAGAUUGCUACAGCACAGACCAAGAAGCUAUUACAGUGGGAGAAAGACUUAGCUGUAAGGAAGGGUUCAGGAAAGAUUUGGGUACCGAAUUACGCCCCGCUACGGCAGAUCCUAUUGGAGGAGUUUCACGACGUGCCUUACGCGGGACAUUUCGGGAGCAACAAGACAUUAGCAGGGAUAGCGAAGUAUUACUACUGGCCCGGGAUGGCAGCAGACGUGCAGCAGUUCGUCACCUCAUGCGACACGUGCCAGCGGAUGAAGAGCAGCAAGCAGAAAAAAGCAGGGUUACUUCAGCCUCUACCCGUACCGGAGCGGCCAUGGCAGGUCGUUAGCCUCGACUUCAUCACCGGACUUCCUUCAACCUCACAGGGGCACGAUUCCAUCCUCGUAGUCAUCGAUAAGUUCUACAAAAUGGGUCACUUCAUACCGACCAACGCCACAGCUACAGCUGAAGCAACUGCUCGACUCUUCUUCGCCCGCAUCAUCACCAUCCACGGCAUCCCCGCUACACUCAUCUCAGACAGAGACCCCAAAUUCACGAGUAAGUUCUGGAAGGAGCUCAUGGGACUGUUGGGGACAAAGCUUGCAAUGUCUUCAGCAUACCACCCCCAGACUGACGGACAGACAGAGCGACUCAAUCAAGUGGUGACACCAGUUACCUUCCGCUUGCGCUUACCAGAUACAUGGAAGCUUCACAACGCUUUCCAUGUCCAGCUACUGAAGCCCUACAAGGACCCCAACCAACAGUUCCAGGGACGCCAGUUACUGCCACCACCACCUGUUCUCAUACAGGAUGAACCCGAGUACGAGAUCGAGCGCGUUCUCUCUCAUCGGCGCCGUGGUGGCAAGACUCUCGAGUUCCUGAUACGCUGGAAGGGAUACGACCCCACUGAGGACAGUUGGGUUGCAGAAGCUGAUAUGGGCAACGCACGCCGUGCUCUCAAGGACUAUCUUGUCAAGCAGGGUGUAUCUCACGCCACCCAGCUUUGA